AUGGCGGCCGCUCGAGCAGCGGCUUCGUCGCGUACCGCAAAUGCACCACGAGACCGCGUCGGUGAGGCGCUUUACGCCUGGUGUUGUCAACAUCACUCCAUCGGUCACAUCUUCAGCCAGGAAGACCUGCUCGCGUCCAACCUCAUACCCAACCAGGAUCUGACAAUAUUGGUUGGCGCGGUUCAGAGUCUCGUGGGCAAGAGCCUCCUCAGAACACAUGACAUCAAGGGCACUGGCAGUAUUGGUUGGGAGCUCGUUUCCCAAGAAAGAGCCGAAAACUACUUGGGGCUUACCCGUGAAGAGCAUCUCGUUUUCAGCCAUAUCGAUGCUGCUGGCAAUAAUGGCGUCUGGUCAAGGAUGCUCCAGAAACGCUUGCAGGCGCAUGCCAAAGUACUCGAGAAGACAUAUCACAGCCUCUUGCAGAAAGGUCGGAUCAAGAAGAUGACAAGUGUCAAGCAUCCGAACCGGAAGAUGUUCAUUGUUGCUGGCCUGCAACCAAGUGAGGACGCAACUGGUGGAGCCUGGUUCGACGAAGGGAAGCUUGACCAGCAACUGAUCGACGGCGUGUCUUUCUGGGCGGAGAAGUACAUAUCGGACAGAAGUUGGGUUGCAGUCAAGCCCUCGGACCACAACGAGCCUGCGGGACUGGCCCGGACGACCGCCAAAGGGAAAGGGAGAUCAAAAUCGAUGCAUGUCGAUGACGACCAACCCCGCUCAUCGUCACCGGAGCUCAAUUACAAAGAACCGAAAGAUACGAGAGGGAAGCCAAAGCAACAUUCCACCUUCUACGUGCCGCAUCCUCCCGGCCACGAAGGCUACCCUACUGCAGCGCAAGUCACCAACGAUGUCAACGCAGCCAACAUUGCUAGCGGAAUCCGGCUCCCAGUGACUGCUGUUGCCCAACUGCUGGAAGUGAUGGUGUACGACGAGAAGCUGUACAAGAUGAAGAGGCCAGCCCGAAGCGAUGAGCCUGGUCGGGAUCCUGACAGCGAGCAUAUCACCAUGUACCGGUGCUUCAAGACCCCGGGAGAACUUGGAGAGAAGGUCAAGCUGUUUGAGAAGCUCGAUAGCCACAGUGCCAGCACCCGCAAGCAUGCACGUCGUCAGAUUGAACUUGAAGACGUUGGCCGUGGCGGAGCCAGUGAGGUUCCCUGCCUCAGAUGCCCCGCUUUCGAUCUCUGUGGCGAUGGAGGCCCUGUCAACGUUGUGACUUGCCCUUACUUCGACGAGUGGUACCUUCGCACCGCACGAGCCGAUCGAGACGAAGGUCGCCCCUGGGCCGACGGCGAGGAAUUUCUCAAACUUGGGGAGCGGAAGAGACAGCAGCGGCUCGAAGCUCUGACUCGCGCAGCACACUCGAUCAAGGCCGAUGGCAAUGCAAUGGACACAUCGUAA